AUGGAUGGAAAAACAACAAAAAUGCCCAAAGUGGCAAAGGUUAAGAAUAAAGCACCAGCAGAAAUACAAAUUACUGCUGAGCAACUACUUAGGGAAGCUAAAGAGCGAGACUUAGAAAUUCUUCCGCCUCCACCAAAACAGAAAAUCUCAGAUCCAGAAGAACUCAGGGACUAUCAGCAUCGCAAACGAAAAGCAUUUGAAGAUAAUAUAAGGAAGAAUAGACUAGUUAUUGGAAAUUGGCUUAAAUAUGCUCAGUGGGAAGAAUCACAGAAGCAAGUUCAGAGAGCCAGAUCCAUUUAUGAGCGAGCUCUGGAUGUGGACCAUAGAAAUGUUACCCUCUGGUUGAAAUACACUGAAAUGGAGAUGAGAAACAGACAAGUAAAUCAUGCUCGGAACUUAUGGGACAGAGCUGUCACCAUACUCCCAAGAGUGUCACAAUUCUGGUACAAAUAUACCUAUAUGGAGGAAAUGCUAGAAAAUAUAUCUGCAGCUAGACAAGUCUUCGAACGUUGGAUGGAAUGGCAGCCAGAUGAACAAGCAUGGCAAACAUACAUCAAUUUUGAAUUAAGAUACAAGGAAUUAGACAGGGCUCGGCAGAUUUAUGAAAGAUUUGUCAUGGUACAUCCAGAUGUUAAGAAUUGGAUUAAAUAUGCAAGAUUUGAAGAAAAUCAUGGCUUUAUUAAUGGUGCCAGAAAAGUAUAUGAAAGAGCUGUAGAGUUUUUUGGUGAUGAAGAACUUGAUGAAAGACUCUUCAUUGCAUUUGCAAAGUUCGAAGAAAACCAGAAAGAGCAUGACAGAGCUAGAGUUAUUUAUAAAUAUGCUUUGGACCAUAUUCCUAAAGAUAGAAAUAAAGAAUUAUAUAAAGCAUACACCAUACAUGAAAAAAAAUAUGGUGACAGGUCUGGCAUUGAAGAUGUUAUUGUCAAUAAAAGAAAAUAUAUGUAUGAACAAGAAGUAAUUGAAAAUCCAACAAACUAUGAUGCAUGGUUUGACUACAUAAGGCUAGUUGAAAAUGAAGGAAAUGUCGAUGAUAUCCGUGAUACUUAUGAGAGAGCUAUAGCUAAUGUUCCUCCAUCAAAGGAAAAACAGUUCUGGAGACGCUACAUAUAUUUGUGGAUAAAUUAUGCACUAUAUGAAGAGUUGGAAGCAGAAGACGGUGAAAGGACAAGACAAGUUUACAGAACAUGUAUAGAAUUGAUUCCACACAAAAUAUUUACCUUCUCCAAAAUAUGGCUCAUGUAUGCUCAGUUUGAAGUUAGAUGUAAAGAUUUAAGGCAAGCAAGGAAAACAUUGGGUAUGGCCCUUGGUAUUUGUCCAAGAGACAAAUUGUACAGGGGCUACAUUGACUUGGAAAUUCAGUUGAGAGAAUUUGAUAGAUGUAGAAUAUUGUAUCAAAAAUUUCUGGAAUAUGGACCAGAAAACUGCAUUACAUGGAUUAAGUUUGCAGAACUAGAAACAUUAUUAGGUGACUCAGAUAGGGCUAGAGCCAUUUAUGAAAUAGCUGUAGGCCAGGCCAGAUUAGACAUGCCUGAACUGUUGUGGAAAAGUUACAUAGACUUUGAAGUUCAACAAGGAGAAACUGAGAAAGCCAGACAACUAUAUGAAAGAUUAUUAGAAAGGACUGUUCAUGUCAAAGUUUGGUUAUCUUAUGCAAAGUUUGAACUGAAUGCAGAGAAUGCUGACAAUAUUAAUGUUGAGUUAGCGAGACGUGUUUAUGAGCGUGCCAAUGACAGUUUAAGAAGUGCUGGUGAGAAAGAGGCACGAGUCCUUCUGUUAGAAGCCUGGAAAGAUUUUGAAACUGAAAUCGGAGAUCAAGAAAAACUUGAAAAAGUUAUGACUAAAAUGCCAAGGAGAGUUAAGAAAAGACAGAAAAUUGUUAAUGAAGGAGGAGUUGAAGAAGGUUGGGAGGAAAUAUUUGAUUACAUUUUCCCUGAAGAUGAGAUGGUCAGACCUAACCUUAAACUACUUGCUGCUGCGAAACAAUGGCGCAAACAAAAAGAAGUUACUCAGUCGGAACCAAGCAUUAAUGAGGAACAAAGCUCAUCAACACCAGAGACAACUGAUAAUGUCGAUGCCGAUGAUGACAGCAGUAGCACUAGUGAAAGCUGA